GCAUGCAUACCCCGCUAACAGUCAGCCACCAACUCACCUCAUUCCCCGGCCCGGAGCUCCAGGAUCUCUGCCCCAGAGAGGACGUAGGGAACGCAGCCCUGCCGUUAUAAUGCCACAAGGUUUCAAACAAACUCGUGCUCGUACAGUUUGCGCUCCACCUUCUGCACUGCCUCAACCACGGGCACGCCAUGUUCCCAAGCGGUGCGGCUUCGGCACAGGAUAUAUAUAUAUUUCAGCGGAACCGGAAGUCGGUUACCGUGUUACGUAUGGUGUUGACGUUAACGUUAGCCAUAUAUGGUGGAGAGAGUUGAUAUAAACAUUAAUGAAUUCCUCGAAAAUUACUUUAUUAUCGGGGACACAGCGGUACAUGUAAACACCGAUUGUUGUCUAUUUAAACUGAAAAUAGGAAGAUUACUUCUUACGUCUCCGGGGAAAUGUGUCUUGUGUACAAUUUGGGGCUACUAGCUAGCUGGGUUGCUAACAGCUAACGUUAGAUAGAUGUAACGUAGCUAGUAGUAGUAAAUAUUGCUGGUGUUUUCGAAACUUAUUGAUCUAUUGUCUUGGAUGUAAUGCCGAAUAAACCUAGCUUUUUAUUUACACAUUGCUGUUUAAAAAAAUAAAUCUAGGUUGAGUUUUAGUCAUUGUUUUUUAGUUACUGCUUAUAUUAUCAGGAAACUUUCCUGAAUUUAAGAUCACAUUAUCAUAAUUUAAGAUAACAUUAAAUUAUACAAUUUGAGGUGCUUUUACUUUGCGUGGCUGUACUUUUGAGUCCACUACAGAUCCAGUUAGGCUACUUGUUUCUUUGCAGGUUCAGAAUUUACAUACAACACAUACGAUCAAAACAAUAUGAUGCAGUUGUAUAGAUUAAUAAUUAUUACUGCGAUAUUACUGUACUAGUAGUUUUAGUGAAGUACAGGAUCCAGGUACUUCUCCCCCCAAAUGUGUGCACCAGCUGGAAAUGAUACUACCCAUUUUCAAAUCUACAACCACAUCAAUGCUUACAGCCGGGUUGCUGUGUCUGUGACAUGUGGAGCCCCUGCUUUGUGCUAGUUUUUGCUCUGGUAGCAGCAUCCAGCUUCACAUAUGUACAUGUUCUGGAGUUCUGCCAAAGUACUCACCAUGGCUGCAAUAGUGAUAGCCGUGACAAUAAGGGAUCAAAGAGCAAGCUUUCCCAUCACACUGUCAAAUCCAGGUGGAACAUGAGCGUUUCAAACCUUAUACAGGACCUGGACCAGUUCAGAGUGUCCUGCAAGAAGCUAAUAGAAGCAUUCCCGAUCGAUGAGGUUGAUGGCAACUUUGCUCGCUCUGUAAAGCACUGCAUAUUCUCCAAAUCCAAUCCAACCCCACUGAAAGACCCAUUAAGACUAGCAGCAACUUCUAAGGACGUCAUUGAAGGGAUUUUAGACUUGGAUGUGGCUGUAACCCAGUCAGAUGAUUUCCUGCAUUUUGCCAGCGGGGGAAGACUGCCAUUAGGAUCUGUACCCCUUGCCCACAGAUAUGGAGGUCAUCAGUUUGGCUACUGGGCAGGUCAGCUGGGCGAUGGUCGUGCACAUUCCCUUGGUCAGUAUACCAACAGGAAAGGUGAAGUAUGGGAACUUCAGCUUAAAGGCUCUGGGAAGACACCUUAUUCAAGGUCAGGAGAUGGUCGAGCCGUGAUCCGUUCUUCUGUAAGGGAGUUCCUGUGCAGUGAAGCCAUGCAUUUCCUUGGUGUUCCAACCACUAGGGCUGCCAGUCUGGUUGUAAGUGACGAGCCGGUGAUAAGGGAUCAGUUCUACAACGGCAAUAUGAAGACAGAAAGAGGAGCUGUCGUUCUCCGGUUAGCCAAGUCAUGGUUUCGCAUUGGCUCUUUAGAAAUUUUGGCUCAAAGUGGAGAGAUAGAGCUCCUGAGAAAGCUGUUGAACUUUGUGAUUGAUGAACAUUUUUCUUCAAUCAAUUCAGAUGACCCAGAUAAAUAUUUGGUGUUCUAUUCCACAGUUGUAAAUGAAACGGCACAUCUAAUCGCCCAGUGGAUGUCGGUUGGGUUUGCACACGGUGUGUGCAACACGGACAACUUCAGCCUCCUCUCUAUCACCAUCGAUUACGGACCAUUUGGCUUCAUGGAGUCGUAUAAUCCCAAUUUUGUCCCCAACACAUCUGACGAUGAGGGCAGAUACAGCAUCGGAGCUCAGGCCAACUUCGGACUGGUCAAUCUUGAGAAGCUGCUGAUGGCUCUCGGCCCUGUGCUUUCUAAAAAACAGCACGAGGAGGCUAAAAUGAUUUUGAAAGGAUAUGUUGAUAUUUACCAGAUGAGGAUUCAUCAGUUAUUUAAAGCUAAACUGGGGCUUCUAGGUGAAGAGGAGGAGGAUGGUUACCUCAUUGCCUUCCUGCUUAAGAUGAUGGAGGACACAAAGUCAGACUUCACCAUGGUCUUCAGGCAGCUCAGUGAAGUUCCAGCCCAGCAGCUUCACAAAAGGAACUUCACACAGAUGUGGGCUUUUGAGAACUUGUCGUCCCACAAGCUCUUCUCCGAUUGGCUCAGCAAGUACUUGCUCCGGCUCAGUAGACAACAAAAUAAUAGUGAUUUGGAUCGUCAACUCAGGAUGAAAAAUGUAAAUCCGAGAUAUGUGCUGAGGAACUGGAUGGCAGAGUCUGCUAUAAGUAAAGCUGAGAUGAAUGAUUUUUCUGAGGUGGAGCUGCUGUACCAUAUACUGUCAUUUCCCUUUGUUACACAAGAGACUGCAGAGGAAGCAGGCUAUGCAGCAAGACCUCCCCUAUGGGCUAAGAGGUUAAAGGUCAGCUGUUCUUCUUGAGAGAUCCUUGGAUAGAGCAAGAACACUGAAGUAAAGAAAAAUCAUAGCAUACCUGAGCUUUCAUGUUAUAGUAAAUUCUCUCAUGCUGGUGGAAAAUGUGGUCCAAAAUGUCAAGGUCAUUGCUGUUAAAUUGUCUUUUCUGCUAAGAUUACCCACCAUGUAUGGCUACAGUGACCAACAAAAAAUACAUAGUUCUCUGUGUACUGAAGAAUUAAACUACGGUAAUUGUAUUUUGACUGAUUAGAAGUUCCAAAUAGCUUGUAAUGCCACAUUGACACCAAAAUAAAUGUGAAUAUGCUACAGUG